UAAAUAAAUUAAAUUAAUUAUCAAUUAUUAAUUAAUAUUAGCUUGAAUAAAUGUAUGUUUAAUGUCGAAACUAAACCGUGUUUUGACUAAAAAGUGUGCUAUAAACUAUUCGGUCGGUUAACGUCGAAAAAUAUUAAAAUCAAAAUUCUAUAAUUAUUAUUUUUUGUUGCGUUUUCAUUGGUGGUAGCGUUUUAAGUCGGUGUGUUACUUAAGAAAUAUAUAUCAAUCUACCACAGAGGAUAGAGUGUUUUUACAACCCGCCCUAGAAAGAGUUCUUCCGAGCUGCCUAUCUAUCCAGUUUCAGUGAUGGAACUAGUAUCGAUCGUCAAGGAAGUCUUACAGAAUGCGGCGGAAAGUGCAGCGAGCUAUCGGCUCGGGCAGACCGCGCUCCGUUACAUGGACCGAGCGCUCUGGAUCGUUGAGAAAAGCGCGAGAUGGGCUGUACCACUACCGUUGGAUCAAGAGGAGAGGCCACAGCCAGAACUGAUCCGCCCUCUUCCCUGGGUAUUUUUCCUCUCCCUCCUCCUUGUUCUGCGUGUCACGAGAGAGUCCAUAUCGCUCAUCAAUCUAGCAUUUGGGAAACCACCGCUCAGAUCAGCUGAUGUCGUAACAUAUAUUCAAAGCAAGCGUCGCUACCUGCGCACUCUCAAGUACCAAGGCAACCGCAUCAUGCGCGCACGGACGGAGCCCGCGACGCGGGAGACUUGGUACAGCAGCUUACAGUCGCUGUUCGAGUUCACGAUGUGCUUCCGGAGGCAGCACUACGGGAACAAUAACACGCAGCUCAGCAAUGGAGACGAGAUUCUGGUGGUGAAAAGAAACAAGCGAGGACAGCAAAACGACGCCGACAGCAGCAUGGAGCGCCUCAUAGAGAAGAUGAUGGUGGACAUCGACGCCGAUUCCGACGACUCGUCGGGAUACACGUUAACAAAUAUCACAAAUCCAAGAAGCGAAAAAUCUGAUUAUAACACAGAGUCGGACCAAGAUACGUUUCAAACGAACAAGUAUCCCGAAGAAAUCGGUAACCGGUGUAACUCCUCAGCGGAGGGCAAUAUUUGUCACGAGAAUUCGGUCGUGUCAGGAAAUACAGACGACGUUGGGCUCCCAAACUGUGAUGAUAUUUACAAAUUAGGAACGAAAAUAAAUGAUUCGAAGGAAUAUUCCAUAGACUUUAUAAAAAACGAAAUCAGUAACCAGGUGGAACAGAUUAUAAAAAAUCAACAUAAAAUUGCAAAUGGAAGAGCAGCUAACGAUUCUUCGAUCAAAGAAAGUUCCACAGAAGCUGAAGCUGGAUAUUGAAAAGAGUCAUUCCGACACUAACUGUAAAAAAUGAUACAAACAACAGUGAAGUCCAAAAGUAAGAACAAUUCGGGUACUCGUCCAUAUAUUUUUUUCUCUAGAUGGAAUUUGUAAUUUAAAGUUAUUUUAUAAUUUAGUUGUUAAAUUGUAUUUAACGGUUUUAUUUUCUAUUUUGUCUUUAUCGCAAACGUUUGGAAUUUAUUACAAAUGUACAAGAACCACAAACUCUAAGGUUGCGGCUACACAUGUGCGACAUAGGACAUCACAAGUCCUUGGUAAAAAGAUAGUCUGUCUGUCGCAUAAAUAUACCGUAUGUUUAUAGCAAAUGUACUGUUAAAUAACGUUUUGCCUUUUUUAUGUCAAAUUACUUAUAAUAGAAAGAGAUAAGAUCUAUGGUUUAACUUUAAAUGCAAAACAUUGUACAACAUUUAUUAUAAUGAACAGGCUUAGAAACUCUUUGUUGUAUUCUGUCCUUGGUUCGUUUUCUAAGCUUGUUUUGAGCAUCAUAAAAUGUUAGCAAAUUUGCUUACAUUAUUUUUUUUAUAUUAUUAUCUUUUGUCGAACGUUUAUGUUACCGAAUUCGAUCAUUAUUUAAAAACUGUUUCUUUUUUUUUUGUUUUGAGAUUGACUGAGACCUUUUCCUAUAUUUAUUAUAGAUGUACGUAAUAUAAGGUUUUAUAUACGGUUUUUUUAGUAAUGUAAGUUUUCAAAAUAUAUGUUAUAGAAUUUGUCGAUUGUAAUAAUAUUACGUCGUAAGUUUGAAUUAACGUGCAAUAUUCACAAAAUUAAUUACAUAUAUUAUGUGAAUCUCAAUUCGCAUCUAAUGCGACUUCAUAAUCACAGUUAACAGUCUCAGUUGUCACUAUAUUGAUUCUGUCAGUGUUCCGGGACAUUUUAUUUUGUGAAGUGUUACUAUUUGAAGCGUCAAUAGCGCAAUGGUUUACGGGCCGCCUAGCGGUGUAAUAAGUCGCAGGAUCGAUCCCGACCUCUUGGGCUAUUGUC